UAGUCAUGAAAACAAAAAUAAUGCUGAAGGUCGUGCAGUCCAAACACAAGACACUGCGGGAUAUAAAUACCACCUGAUAGUUUCGUCUGUCACAUUUCGCUACUUAUACUUCGUGAAGCGACACACGUCAGCCAUGAAGACUCUGACAAUCCUGGGAAUAAUGGCGGCUACCCUGUUGGGGCUGGUAGCAGGCGACGCUGAUGCUGAGCCGUCGUUAGGCCUGGGCGGGGGGUACCACGUUUCUAACAUCUAUGGGUACGGUUUGGGACCCAGACUAGGUUAUGGUCUGGGUUACGGAUAUGGCCUUGGGUAUGGCUUUGGAGUAGGCCUUGGACAUAAGCUGGGAUAUAGACCGUACGGCCUCAUUGGCGGUCAUUAUCGCCGCAAACGUGAGGCGGAACCCAAGGCUGAAGCCGAUCCCGGUCUGAUCACGGGUCACAAGAAGAUUCACCACGAGAGCUACGCCGUGGUUCUUCCUCCCCUCGGCCUUGGUUAUGGACUUGGUUACGGCCUUCCCUAUGGGUACGGGCAUAGCUAUGGGUUGCCUUAUAUUGGUGGCUAUUUGGGCUAGAAAAGACUGAUUAUUGUUUCACAUGUUAAGGCGAUGCUGACUGUAACUAUCAUUGUAAACAACUGCAGUUUUCUUUUUUUUCUUUUUCGUAUCUUACCAAGUUAUGGAGAGAAGCUUGUUUAAAUCUAUUUCUAUAUCAAUGAAGCUUCCUUAUGAAUAUUAAAAUUUUUGCUACUU